AUGCGAUUAAUAAACCAGUUAAUAAGAUAUCAAUAUAUUGAACUAUACUAAAAUAAAUAAAAUCUUUAAAAGUUUGAAACAAGAUAUAUGAAAGUGAAACAUAAAAAUAAAAUAGAUGAUCACAAUGCACCUACUUGCAAAUUAUCAUAAUAUAAUAUGGAAAUUGAAGUUGACACAAAUGCAUAAAAACUAGAGAGAGAGAGAGACAUAUUAGGCCGGUCACUGAAGGUAGAACUUGAGAGAGAGAGAGAGAGAGAGGUGGAGGCGAUGGAAUCAAAGGCGCAGAUAUUAGGCAGAUCACUGAAGGUGCCAAUUGUGCAAGAACUUGCAAAGGAGAAACUGAGCAGUGUGCCGUCGAGAUACAUCCGACCCGAUCACCAACAUCUCACCGCCGCCGAUGUUUCCUCCCUACCUCAAAUCCCCGUCAUCGAUAUGCAGAAGCUGCUCCUCUCAGAUUCCAUGGAUUCCGAGCUUCACAGGCUGCACGAAGCUUGCCUAGAUUGGGGUUUCUUCCAGUUGAUCAACCACGGCGUGGAGGCGGCGCCCAUAGCCAAAAUGAGGUCGGAAAUGACGGCGUUCUUCAACCUCCCGCCGGAAGAGAAGGACGUAUUCCGGCAGAAGGAAGACGACGUCGAAGGCUACGGCCAAGCCUUCGUCACAUCCCAAGAGCAGAAGCUCGAUUGGGCGGAUUUAUUUUUCGUCCUCACUUCGCCUCCUUAUUUGAGAAAGCCUCACCUAAUUCCCAAGCUUCCUGCUUCGUUCAGAGAUGCCAUAGAUGAGUAUGGAGCAGAUCUAAGGAAUCUAGCGAUGAAGAUCUUAGGUUACAUGGCGAAAGCACUAGGCAUGAAGGGCGAAGAGAUGAGGUCGGCGUUUGAUGAAGGGACGCAGGCGAUGAGGAUGAAUUACUAUCCGCCAUGCCCGCAGCCGGAGCUGGUGACAGGCCUCUGCCCCCAUUCCGACGCAGUCGCCCUCACCAUUCUGCUCCAGGUUAACGAUAUGUCAGGCCUCCAGGUCAGCAAAGAUGGCAAAUGGAUUCCCGUUUCUCCACUCCCUCAUGCAUUUGUCAUCAAUGUUGGCGACAUAUUGGAGAUUAUGACCAAUGGCGCUUACCGCAGCGUUGAGCAUCGGGCGACUGUGAACAGCGAGAAAGAGCGGUUGUCCAUCGCCACCUUCCUCAGCACCAGGCUGGAUGGCGAUAUAGGUCCGGCGCCGAGCCUCGUUAGCCCCGAAACUCCGGCGAAAUUCAAGACGAUCAGCGCAGUUGAAUAUGUCACGGGUUUGUUUGCAAAGGAGCUCAAGGGUAAGUCGUAUGUGGACCUCAUGAGGAUUCAGAAUUAGAGUCACUAAUCAUAUUUUUCCAAUAAUCUUCUAUAUCAGUUUGAAGAGUCUGUCAUAUAUUAUGCACUAAUCUCAAAUAGAAUAAAAAAGGUGUCGUGUUUACUAAUUAA